AUGUAUAAGGCUCUUACUUGUGUUCUUAUUGCUCUCGUUGGUAUUACCAGUGCUUCAAACGUUUUUAACGUUAAAUCAUACAAUAUCCAACAAGUUGCAUCACCAUUUGCUCAACCAGAAUUACGUCUUACUCUUUGUCCAGCAUGCAUUGAUAUUGCUGAUCGAUCAAUCAAUGUUUUGCUCGAAUUGAUUCUUGAUACUGGUAUUAUUGGUUCAUGCAGUGCAUUAUGUCAAGCUUUAGGCCAAAAAACUGGAUCAGCUAUCCUUGCUACAGUAUGUGAUUUAGUAUGUGACGUUGUUGGUAUCGAUGAAUUUAUUAAAAUGAUUGACAAGGCUGAUAUUGAUCCAAUUUGGUAUUGUGAAAUUGCUAAAAUGUGUCCAAUUAAUGAUCAUGGUGAUGCUAAAUUCACCAAAUUUACAAUCGCACCAGCUUCUGGUCCAAAAGGAACAACAUUUACAUUUGACUUUGCCUAUACAUCCGUAAAUGGAACUGGCACUGGUGAACUCGAUAUUGACAUUCAAUGUCCAGAUAAGAUUCCAAUUGGUACUGGUUUCUUAUUGGAAGCUUCGAAAGCCGGUACAUACGGACAAAAAGUCACUGUUAAAGCUGAACCUGAUCCACAUUGUGAUCCUACACAAGAAAUGUGUGAAGAAUGGUUACCAGGUACUUACAAUGUAACAAUUCAAGUUUGCAAUGGUGAAUGUGGAUCAAAACAUCCCCAUUCAGCUAUCUAUGAUACAGUUAAAGGAUCAUUUGUACUCACUAAAUAA